AUAUAAAAUUUGACAUUUGAGUUUGUCAGCACUUUUUUCGUGUUCACCUGGAGCCCACGAUUUCAAUUUUUUCGAAUUCGUAGUGGACAUUCGUAUUCGAAAGAUUUCUUCGACGGGUUCUAUGAUAGGGCUGCAUAUAAUGGGUAUUUGAAAUUUACCAUGAAGCGAUGAUGCCAUUUGUAAAAACAACAAAAUUUCAGUAAUGGCCUUCAAUUUUUCCGAGCGACACAAGCAAAUCGAUAGGGCCGUCGAGGUAAAUCCGGAAAAAACUCGAAAGCUCUGGAGCUCUCUGAGUCGAGAGCAGGACAGAAGAGCUGCAAUACUAGAGUCACUUCGCGCCGGAAAAAGCCCUAAAGAGAUAAUUGAGUGGUUUGGCUACAAAAAGACAGAACACUGGAUGGACCGCGUGGCUGCUGGAAGAGAAUAUGUGUUUCAGCAGGAAGCCGCAUCUACUCACAAGGCAAAGAAGACUCAGGCUUGGCUCCAGAACAACCUACCCUACCACUGGUCACCAGAUUUUUGGCCACCUUCAAGCCCAGACUGCAAUCCUCUUGAUUAUUACGUGUGGGGCACAGUUGAAGCAAAAGUUAACGCGAAGCCUCAUAACACUAAGGACGCUCUGAAGACAACUAUCGAGGAAGUGAUGACCACAAUGGACAAAGGGGAGGUAACUCGCGCAUGUGGGCGCUUCAGGUCCACGUUGGAGCAGGUAAUUGCACGAGAUGGAGGUUACAUUGAAUAAUUUUCAACUAUGAUAUGUGUACUCCCAUUAUACAAAG